AUGGUUCACAGCGCAGACUGGACGCGCUCGGCAGACAAUGAUUUGAAUUUUCUAGACUACGACAUGGGAUUCUUGAGCGACGGCGACGCAGACGCCGGUCCAUACCUGUCCAAGCAGCGCAGUGGUGUCGAGUCCCCACUGAACGGUCUCACCAUGCGAAUUGGCACGCGCUUCCCAACCUUGAGCCGGUGGAGAUCCGUGAAGCGUAGGAAUCGGGCAUUCACUGCGGUCUCCGAGCCGUCCCUUGAUCUACCUCCUGCCCUGUCUCGCGCCACCUCCACGAGCCGGUCUUCGUCCUUGUCGGCCCCCAGCCGCAAGUUAUACGAACGUGCCAACGAGCCUCCGCUGCCGCCCACGCCAGCUCUAUCCUUCUACGACUACGAGAGUACCGAUAGCAUCGCCAGCGCCGUGGCCAUUGACAUCGGCCGCUCUGACGUCCGUGAGAGCAUUGAACGGGAGCGCGGCCUUGCCACCACGCCCCUUCUGCCUCCUCUCCUUACUGAGCCGCCCUCCACCUCCUCGGCCAACCACUCGCAACAGCCGUCUCCCCUCCAGUCUCCAACCGUCGCUCCGGCACAGCACAGCCCGGAUCUCCAGCCCUCCCCUGUGUAUGCGACGCCUCCGCUUAGCUCGAAGCCUUCCAUAUCGUCUUUCCGGCCCCCACUCAUGACGAGCCUGUCCACACCCGUCGUGGCCACCAGCGAGAUCGUGGUCACCAUUCCCAACCUUCUGGAGCAGCACGAUGCCUGGUCGGACCGUCUCGGACAUGCCAACUACACCAUUCUCCCCAGGCCCUAUCAGCCGGAUGCUACUGAUCUGGAUACCCUGCGCACUCUGCGCGCCGACUGGGACCUGGCUCGCGUCAAUUACACCAAGCACAUUGUCCGCACCGGCGAGCACUAUGGAACCACAUCCAAGACGUACGCUCUCACUGAGGCCAAAUGGGCAGAGACGGAGCGGGACUGGAAAAGCGCCCAUGAUGCGCUGAUUGCGCGCGUCGCAGCCCUGAACCUGGGCACUCUAGAACAGCUCAGGUGGGACAGGCUCCAGGAUGACACCCCGGCUACUGUGACCAUCCCCAGCAUGCUCGACACCGAGGGCAAAUUUCCCGACCUAGGGGAUGAGGACAUUGUAGGGCCCAUGGUCCGUGACGCCGUCAUGGCCAGAGACUCAGGCUCUGACAGUGAGACCAGCGCCAAGAAGUUCUGGAAGAACCUGGCUGGAAAGGUUGGGCUGAGGAAAUGA